CUCGCGAGAAAAGAAACGCCGUGCCAGCCGCAAAAAUGGCGCCUCCCAGUCCUAGAGAGCCCAAGGCCCCGUUGGCUACGAGUGCGGCCAAAACCGACCGGGAGAUGGUGCUACCCGGCUUCCCGGACGCAGACAGCUUCGUCAAGUUUGCUCUUGGGUCGGUGGUAGCAGUUACCAAGGCAUCUGGGGGCCUACCACAGUUUGGCGAUGAGUAUGAUUUUUACCGAAGUUUCCCUGGCUUCCAGGCAUUUUGUGAAACACAGGGAGACAGGUUGCUUCAGUGCAUGAGUCAGGUAAUGCAGUACCAUGGGUGUCGCAGCAACAUUAAGGAUCGAAGUAAAGUGACUGAGUUGGAGGACAAGUUUGAUUUACUAGUUGAUACCAAUGAUGUUAUUUUGGAAAGAGUGGGUAUUUUACUGGAUGAAGCAUCAGGUGUGAAUAAGAAUCAACAACCUGUCCUUCCUGCAGGGCUGCAGGUCCCCAAAACAAUUGUGUCCAGCUGGAACCGGAAGGCAGGAGAAUACAGCAAGAAAACAAAAUCUGAAACUUUCCGGCUGCUUCAUGCAAAAAACAUCAUCCGACCUCAGCUCAAGUUUCGAGAAAAGAUUGACAAUUCAAACACACCGUUUCUUCCUAAAAUCUUCAUCAAGCCAAAUGCUCAGAAACCCCUUCCUCAGGCACUCUCUAAAGAACGGCGGGAGCGCCCACACGAUCGUCCUGAGGACUUGGAUGUCCCACCUGCCCUGGCAGAUUUCAUUCAUCAGCAGAGAACACAGCAGGUUGAGCAAGACAUGUUUGCACACCCUUAUCAACAUGAACUAGAUCACUUCACUCCACCAGAUUCAGUCCUUCAAAAGCCACAGCCCCAGUUAUAUAGACCUGUAGAAGAAACACCCUGCCAUUUCAUAUCCUCCCUGGAUGAACUCGUGGAGCUCAAUGAAAAGCUUUUGAAUUGUAAAGAAUUUGCUGUCGACUUGGAGCACCACUCUUACAGGAGCUUCCUAGGACUCACCUGCCUGAUGCAAAUCUCCACUCGAACGGAAGACUUCAUCGUUGACACCCUGGAGCUCCGAAGUGACAUGUACAUUCUCAACGAGAGCCUCACAGACCCUGCCAUUGUUAAGGUCUUCCAUGGCGCUGAUUCAGACAUAGAAUGGCUUCAGAAAGACUUUGGGCUGUAUGUAGUAAACAUGUUCGAUACCCAUCAGGCAGCCCGCCUUCUUAACCUGGGCAGGCACUCGCUCGACCAUCUGCUGAAACACUACUGUGGCGUGGAAUCAAACAAGCAGUAUCAGCUGGCAGAUUGGAGAAUACGACCUCUGCCUGACGAAAUGCUCCACUAUGCCCGGGAUGACACGCAUUACCUCCUUUACAUUUAUGACAAGAUGAGGCUGGAGCUGUGGGAGCGAGGCAACGAGCAGCCGGUGCAGUUGCAAGUGGUGUGGCAGCGGAGCAGGGAUAUCUGCCUCAAGAAAUUCAUCAAGCCAAUUUUCACAGAUGAGUCCUACCUUGAACUAUAUAGGAAGCAAAAGAAGCACCUCAACACACAGCAACUGACGGCCUUUCAGCUGCUGUUUUCCUGGAGGGAUAAAACAGCCCGCAGGGAAGAUGAAAGUUAUGGAUAUGUACUGCCAAACCAUAUGAUGCUAAAGAUAGCUGAAGAACUGCCUAAGGAACCUCAGGGCAUCAUAGCUUGCUGUAACCCAGUUCCACCUCUUGUUCGUCAGCAGAUCAAUGAAAUGCAUCUUUUAAUCCAGCAGGCUCGAGAGAUGCCUCUGCUCAAGUCUGAAGUUGCAGCCGGAGUGAAGAAGAGCGGACCACUGCCCAAUCCUGAGAGAUUGGAGAAUGUUCUUUUUGGACCUCAUGACUGCUCCCAUGCUCCACCAGAUGGCUAUCCUAUCACCCCAAUCAACGGACCUGUGCCAGUUCAGAAACAGGCAAGCCUCUUCCCUGACCAAAAAGAAGAGGAGGAGGCCUCACUGGAUACCAAGUGCCUGAUUGCUACUGCUGUCAUCACAUUAUUUAACGAACCUAGUCCUGAAAAAAAUGGAAAGUGUCCAUUAACAGUUGCACAGAAAAAGGCCCAGAGCAUAAUGGAGUCCUUUGAAAAUCCAUUUCGAAUGUAUCUGCCCUCCCUUGAACACCGUGCCCACAUCUCCCAGGCAGCCAAGCUUGACCCAUCAUCUAAAAUCUAUGAAAUUAGCAAUCGUUGGAAGCUUGCAACCCAGGUACAGGUACAGAAAUACUCCAAAGAAACUGCAAAGAAGAAGGCCGCUGAGCAAGCAGCUGCCCGGGAACAGGCAAAGGAAGAAUACAAAGCCACGGUGGAACAAACCAUGUCUGUUCGGCAACAGGCCACGCUAGAGAAUGCUGCUAAGAAGAGAGAGCGAACAAUAAGUGACCCAAGGACCACAGAACAGAAACAAGGGAAGAAACGACUCAAAAUUUCCAAGAAGCCAAAGGACCCAGAUGCAGCAGAAAAAGAGUUUACCCCGUACGACUACAGCAAGUCAGACUUCAAGGCUUUUGCAGGAAGCAGCAAAUCCAAGCCUUCCCAGUUUGAUCCAAAUAAGCAGACCCAGUCUGGCAAGAAAUGCAUUGCGGCCAAAAAACUCAAACAGCCAACGGGAAACAAAAGCAUGUCCUUUCCAACUGGAAAAUCAGACAGAGGUUUCAGGCACAAUUGGCCAAAGAGAUAGUGUUGGAAGAGACCUUCGGGAUCUCCUAGUGGACUGGAAGCAACAAAUGGGGGUGCAGGUUUUGUACAGACUUGUUUUUAAACCAUUAAAAAAUAGUUCUUAUUGGAAGAAAGCUGGUUCCUGGGUUUUCCUUUGCUGCCCCCAGAGCUCUGGCGGGGAAGAACAGAUCCCACCCUGCCGAGAGUACCAUCUGCGGCUGUCUAGGCAGAGGUGAGUGUGCCCUCAGAGGUUGCUGUGACUUCUGGAGAAAUCCAGAACCACCCCCAAGGAGAAACUCAGAAGAACCUCCUUGUGACUCAGAAACAGGCAGCAUCCACCCUUUCAGAGACUUCCGAGGACCAUUUUACCCCCUUCACAUGCCUUUAGGGCAAACUGGCUUCUAGAGGACCCAUUAUGUUCUCUGUUCCUUCCUCCCUCGCUUUUCUUUUUUAACUUUGUUUUUUCCUGGUUAUAAAGCUAACAGUAUGUUCCUUGUAGGAAAUGUGGAAAACAUAGAAAAAUACAAAGAGGAAUAUUAAAUCACCUUUUUCUAUAUGUGUAUGUUGUUCGUUGCCGUCGAGUCGAUUCCGACUCAUGGUGACCCCAUGUCUGUAGAGCAGAACUGCUCUUGAGGGUUUUCAUGGCUGUGAAGCAUGAAUUUGGAAGCAAAUUGCCAGGCCUUACUUUCAAGGUGCCUCUAGGUGGAAUUGAACUGCCAACCUUUUGGUUAGUAGCCCAGCACUUAGCCAUUUGCUCCACCCAGGGGCCCCAGAUUAACCGUUAGGGCUUAUAAUUUUAAAUUCCAGGUAUCAGGUUAAGACCUCAAGCUCUCGAAUCAGACAGUCCAGGGUUUAAAUCCCUGUUCUGACCCUUACUAGCUUUAAGGCUUUAGACAACUUUCAUAACCUUGCCAAGACUCAGUGUCCUCAUCUGUAAGAUGGUAAGAGCAAUACCCCAUACUUCAUAAGCUGUAAGGAUACAGUGAGAAUUGAUUCAGCAAAUCUGUAUUGAUACCCUGUUGUUGUUACCAUUGAGUCGAUUCUGACUCAUGACAACCCCAUGUGUGCAGAAUAGAACUGCACCAGAAGGUUUUCAAUGGCUGUGACCUUUCGGAAGCAUAACACCAGGCCUGUCUUCUGAGGUUCCUCUGGGUGAGUUCGAACUGCCAACCGUUUUGGCCAGUAGUAAAGCACUUAACUGUUUGUACCGCCCAGGGACUCCUUAUAUGUAUAUAGGUAUAGAUCCUUUUUUUAAUGUACAAUUGAGUUUAUGUUUCUGUAGUUUUUCAAUGUUUAUGCAACUUCUCAUUCUAAAAUGUGUUUUAGCCAACCCUCUACUAUUAAACAUUUUUCCAUUUUUGUACUAGUAAUGGAAUAAGGCAACGUUGAAUUUCUUAUAUAAAUCUUUGACCUAAACUCUGCUUAUUUCUUUAGAAUUCCAUUUGAUUUUAAUCCUGAAAUUGGCUAUAAGGAAAGCACAAGAUAAUGCCAUUUUUUUUGUUUUUGUUUUUACAAGUACUUAAACUAGGAAUCUAUGCUUUGAAAUUUAUCACACAAAUUAUUGAGGGCCAACUGUAUACAGCCACCUGUGGAGAAACCAGGCUAAAUCAAACAUCAUGCAGUCGUCAAAGAGCUCCAGUUGAGCAAAAGAGCAGAGAAUGAGACCUGUCCUAGAGUGGGCAAUGGUUUGUAUUAGUCUAUACUGGUUGAAAUUGACAGAAAAACCAAACUAUCAGUGGCCUAACAAGAUAGGUGUUUUUUCUCUCUCUUUUGUAAACAUAGUCUAGAGCAGCUCUCAACUCAAACACGUGGCUUCCACCUCCUGGUCUAGGGUAGAUGCCCCAGCUCUAACCAUUACAAUCCUUAUUCCACCCAGCUGGAAGGAGGAGAGGAAAAGAGCACCAUGGUCAUCUCCCUCUCCAUUUCCACUUCCCAUUGGCCAGAACUUAGUCACGUGACCACAGCAGAGGAUGCUGGGAAGUGUCAUUUAGGUCAUUCAUGUGCCCAGCUAAAAAUCCAGAGUUCUACUCUCAUAGAAUUUUGAAAGAACACACAUAGAAGGACAAAGAACAGUCUCUGGCAAAGUGGUAUAAAAAAAUGGACAGAUAGAUGGGAAUUUUUUAACAUGAGAAAUUAUUUUUAACUGAGGAUGGCCCAAGGAGGCAUCACAAAGAGGGCUGGACCUUGAGGAGUCAGGUAAGAAGGCCAGAGAACCUUGUAAGCCAGUGCUACUCAAAGUGUGGUCCUCAAUGGAUACCAUUUGGGAGCUUUUUAGAUAGGCCUUUAACCCCAGGCUCCACCCCAGACCUACCCAAUUGGAAUCCAGGGACCCAGGGCCAAGACCCUGUUCUGAACAAGCAUUCCAGGUAAUUCUUAGGCAUGCUGAAGUUUGAGAAGCACUAUAGAAGCUCAGGCAGUGGGUCCAGAACUUGCUUUGGGGCCACAGUAGGCUCACCUCUGGUAGAGGUAAAGUGAUCCUUUGUCCUUUAUUUGGAGCUUGUCUUUACUAGCUCUAUCUGUGUGCCAAUGCCUUUUUUAUUAUCAAUUUAAAAAGAUGAUGACUAUAAACAGUAGUUAAAAGUCUUUUUAAAAGUCCUUUCUUGAAAAAUAAAAAGUAGGCCACCUGAUGUCAUUCCACAGAUGUGUUUUUGAAAUUUUAUUUGGUCUAUGCACUUCAGAGUCCAGGAGUCCUCAGCUAUGGAAUGGAGGCCCAGGGUGUUUGGAGAGCAGCCCUGGCUGCACCGACUGGGGCUUCAAGUCCUAAGGAGGUUCCUGGGAAAUAGGACCAGUGUGGGUGGUGAUUCAUGGAGGGGCUUGUGUAAGCCAGUCAGGAACUGCCUGAGUGUUUCUGAGCUGCGAAGGGACAUGACUGGAGCUAUACUCUGGAAAGAGUAAUCUGGCAGAGUCGGCAGGAUUGGAGGUGGGAGCAGGAAUUUAUGAGAAGGGUUCUUUGCUCAAGGAGUCAAACACUGGUGUUUGUGGUGCUGUGAGCAGCUUGCCAUAAGCAUUUCCACCAAGUCAUACCAUGUUAUGACCAACUUUGUUCCUGCUCAACCACAGCUAUCUGCCUGGCUGAAUACAAGGCUUAAAAUUACUCUCAAGUGCUAACUGCCAAACAGUGACAGAGAUACAUGUACCAUGUGGCAGCCCCAGUUAAACCAUCCCCUUGGAUGGCGGCCAUUGCCCACCUCUCCCCUCCCACUACUUUUAUAAACUCUCAAUACUUUCUAGUAGAUUAAGCCAGUUGACGAACUAGACAGCAGUGUUUUACAACAGAAUUUUAAAGGCAUGCUGGUCUGAAUCUGAGAAACACUUUCAGUGCUGUGAACACAGCCUCCCUUCAGAUGUUCAGUAUGAACUGUGGCUUUAACUGGGCUCUGCAGGAAAGACUAUGUCUGCAAUGCCACAGUUUUUCUUCAUGAUCUGGUGUUGGUGGCAUUUCUGUGCUCAUAGUGCUAUACAUUUGGGGAUCUUUUUGCCUAUAAUUUAUUCAGGGCCUUUGUACUUUGAACCUGGAGAGGUAUGAGCUAAUGCUGGACGUGCUAACCUAGAAGUCCCAUGUGCUGUUCAUGCUGGAGACCAUGAUUUCAUCUCCUCUACAGGAGGUAAAAGGGUGUAAUUUAUGGUCCUUCUCAUUGCUAAUGCAGAUGCUGAAGCUGCUUUGUUCAACAUGUAGAGGGGAUGGGAUGGACUUGAUCCUUUCCUUUCCCGCCAGGCAGUCCCUCAAGAGGCCAAAGCGCCUGUCAGGUCAGCUGGGAAGAAGCCAGGAAGGCUGGCCCCACGAAGGGGCCCAGGCUGGGGUCUUGGCCCUCAUGUUCACUCUGCCAGGCAUCAAGUGCCAGCUAUCUACAGACACCAUCCCUAGCCUCACAGAGUUUAGUCUGGCUGGUGCACACAGACAAAUAGAACUCGGAGGGCCAAAUGGCUUGAUGGGGGGAAGUACGGGGUAUGAUGGGAACACCGAGUCCCAAGGACAGGGCUGGACCCAAUUGAGUCUGUAGUAACUGGACAUAGUGAUGGAAACUGUCCUACCUUGGGAUCUUUUCUACUGAAUGAUCAUCUGACAGUUCCAUGGCACUGUCUCCUAGCAAUUAUUUAACUGCCCUGGCUUACCUUCCCUUUAAAAGGAGCUUAAAAUUUAGCCAAGGCACAUGUUGCUGUGAAGCCUGAGGCUUGCGCUCAUAGAUAAACAACAUGUGUUUUCAGCUCUAGUUUAGACUGGGAAUAUGCUCCCCCACCUCCCAAGUGAGGCUGCAAAAUACCAGUCAAAAAACGAAGACACAAAAACAUCCCUGGCCUCAUGUCACCAGUAGCUUAAACCAGUUUCUUCUCACUGCCUUAAAAUUCUGCCUGUAGAGCAAUUAGCAUUUAAUAUUUGGUAAUUACAGCUGUUUGUUCUCAUUUUGUGUCAUGCCACAUCAGCAAAUGAAGGUCCCAAAAACUUGACUCCACCCACAUCAUUAAGGUCAACCCUACUUUGAGGAGGCAUCUCUUCCCCGGUCAUAUUUUGAGUGCCUUCCAACUUGAGGGGCUCAUCUUCUGACGCUACAUCAGACAGUGUUCCACUGCUAUUCAUAAGGCUUUCAGUGGCCAGUUUUUUUAGAAGAAUAUCACCAGGUCCUUCUUUCUAGUCUGUCUUAGUCUAGAAGCUCCCACUGAAACCUAUCCACCGUGGGUAACCUUACUGGUAUUUGAUAUACUGGUGAUAUACCUUCCAGCAUCACAGAAAUACACAAGCGACCACAGUAGGACAGACUGACAAAAGGAACAGAUUCAAACAUCCAUUAAUAAUCAGAACGUGGAAUGUACUAAGUAUGAAUCUAGGAAAAUUGGAAUUCUUCAAAAAAUGAAAUGGAAUGCAUAAAGAUCAAUAACCUAGGUAUUAGUGAGCUAAAACGGACUGGUAUUUGGCCAUUUCGAGUCAGACAAUCAUAUGGUCUACUAUGCCAGGAAUUUCAAAUUGAGGAGAAAUGGCAUCACAUCCAUCCUCAAAAAAGGACAUUUCAAGAUCUGCCUUGAAGUACAGUGCUGUCAGUGAUAGGAUAAUAUGCAUAUGCCUACAAGGAAGACCAGUUGAUGCAAAUAUUAUUCAAAUUUAUACACCAACCACUAAGGCCAAAGAUGAAGAAAUUGAUUUUUACCAACUUCUGCAGUCUGGAAUUUAUAAAACAUGCAAUCAAGUUGCAUUAUAAUUACUAGAGAUUGGAAUGCAAAAGUUGGAAAAAAAAGAAGGAUCAGUAGUUGGAAAAUAAGACCUUUGUGACAGAAACAACACUGGAGAUUGCCUGAUAGAAUUUUGCAAGCCAACGACUUCUUCAUUGCAAGUACCUUUUCUCAGCAACAAAAAUGGUAGCUAUUCGUUUUUUUUGAUUCGCCAGAUGGAAUGCACAGGAAUCAAAUUGACUACAUUUGUGGAAAGUGAUGAUGGAGAAACUCAGUAUCAUCAGUCAGAACAAGGCCAGCAGCCGACUGUGGAACAGACCAUCAAUUGCUCACAUGCAAGUUCAAGUUAAAGCUGAAGAAAAUUAAAACAAGUCCACGAGAGCCAAAGUACGACCUUGAGUAUAUCCCACCUGAAUGUAGAGACCAUCUCAAGAAUAGAUUUGAUGCAUUGAACACUAAAUGACCAGAGACCAAACGAGUUGAUAUCAAGGACAUUGUACAUGAAGGAUGCAAAAGGUCACUAAAAAGACAGGAAAGAAAGAAAAGACCAAAAUGGAUGUCAGAAUACACUCUGAAACUUACUUUUGAAUGUAGAGUAGCUAAAGUGAAAGGAAGAAAUGAUGAAGUCAAAAGAGCUGAACGGAAGAUUUCAAAGGGCAGCUUGAGAAGACAAUUAUAAUGAAAUGCACAAAGACCUAGAGUUAGAAAACCUAAAAAAGAACACGCUUGGCAUUUCUCAAGCUCAAAGAACUGAAAAAAUUCACACCCCGAGUUGCAAUACUGAAGGAUUCUAUGGGAAAAUAUUGAAUGACAGAGGAAGCAUCAAAAGAAGGUGGAAGGAGUACAUGGAGUCACUGUACCGAAAAGAAUUGGUUGAUGUUCAGCCAUUUCAGGAGGUAGCAUAUGAUCAACAGCUGAUCAGUACUGAAGGAAGAAGACCAAGCUGCACUGAAGGCAUUGGUGAAAAACAAGGCUCCAGGAACUGACAGAAUACCAGUUGAGAGAUUUCAACAAAUGGAUGCAAUGCUGGAAGCACACACUUGUCUAUGCCAAGAAAUUUAGAACACAGCUACCUGGCCAACCAAUUGGAAGAGGUCUAUGUUUAUGCCCAUUCCAAAGAAAGGUGAUCCAAAAGAAAAGGAAAUUAUUGAGCAAUAUCAUUAGUAUCACACGCAAGUAAAAUUUUGCUAAAGAUCAUUCAAAAGUAGUACAGCAGUACAUCGACAGCUAACUGCCAGAAAUUCAAGCCGAAUUCAGAAGAGGAUGUGGAACAAGGGAUAUCAUUGCUGAUAUCAGAUGGAUCUUGGCUGAAAGCAAAGAAUACCAGAAAGAUGUUGAUCUGUGUUUUAUUGACUAUGCAAAGGUAUUCCACUGUGUGGAUCCUAACAAAUUAUGGGUAACAUUGGAAAGAAUGGGAAUUGUUCUCCUAAGGAACCUGUACAUAGACCAAGAGGCAGUAGUUCGAACAGAACAAGGGGAUACUGAGUGGUUUCAAGUCAAGAAAGGUGUGCAUCAUGGUUGUAUCCUUUCACCAUACUUACUCAAUCUGUAUGCUGAGCGAAUAAUCUGAGAAGCUGGACUAUAUGAAGAAAAAUGUGGCAACAAGCUGUGUCGUGCAGAUGACACAACCUUGCUUGCUGAAAGUCAAGAGGACUUGAAGCAUCUACUAAUGAAGAUCAAAGACUACGGGCUUCGCUAUGGUUUACACUUCGACAUAAAACAAAAAUCCGCACAACUGGGCCAAAAAGCAGCGUCACGAUAAAUGGAGAAAUUAUUGAAGUUGUCAAGGUUUUCAUUUUACUUGGAUCCCCAAUCAAUGCCCAUGGAAGCAGCAGUCAAGAAAUCAAAGGAUUGGGCAAACCUGCUGCAGAAGAUCUCUUUACAGUGUUAAAAAGCAACAAUGUCACUGCAAGGACUGAGAUGCGCCUGACCCAAGCCCUGGUGUUUUCAGCUGCCUUACAUGCAUGUGAAAGCUUGAAUAAGGAAGACCGAAGAAAGAAUUGACGAAGAAGAAUUGACGCCUUUAAAGAACGAUCAAAUUUGGCUUGGAAGAAGUACAGCCAGAAUGCUCCUUAGAAGCAAGGAUAGCAAGACUUUGCCUCAUAUACUUUGGACAUGUUAUCAGGAGGGAUCAGUCCCUGGAGAAGGACAUCAUGCUUGGCAAAGUAGAGGGUCAGUGAAAAAGAGGAAGACCCUCAACGAGAUAGAUUGACACAGUGGCUGCAACAAUGGGCUCAGGCAAAACAGCGAUCAUGAGGAUGGCAAAUACCGGGCAGUGUAUCCUUCUGUUGUACAUAGGGUCGCUAUCAGAACCAACUUGACAGUACCUAACAACAACACAGGCAUGCAGAAGCUGGACAAUGAGUAAGGAAGACCGAAGAAUUGAUGCCUUUUAGUUACAGUGUUGGCAAAGAAUAUUGCAUAUGCCAUGGACUGCCAGAAGAAUAAACAAAUCUGUCUUGGAAGGAGUACAGCCAGAAUGUACCUUGGAAGCAAGGAUGAUGAGCCUUUAUCUCAUAUACUUUGCACAUGUUAUCAGAAGCCACCAGUUUCUAGAGGAGGACAUUGUGCUUGGUACCAAAAAAACCAAACCUGUUGCCUUGUAGUCAAUUCCUACUCAUAGCGACCCUAUAGAACAGAGUAGAACUGCCCAUAGGGUUUCCCAGGAGUGGCUGGUGGAUUUGAAGACUGCAGACCUUUUGGUUAGCAGCUGAGCUCAAUCACCUUGCCACCAGGGCUUCUCAUACUUGGUAAAGGGUGAUAGAGUGUCAGCGAAAAAGAGGAAGACCCUCACAGUGGCUGCAACACUGGGCUCAAACAUAGCAAUGAUUGUGAGGAUGGCACAGGAACCAGGCAGUGUUUCGUUCUGAUGUACAUAGGGUCGCUAUGAGUUGGAGGACUCCAUGGCACCUAACAACAUUUGGUUGGUAAUUAACAUAUUUAAUGUGGUUCUGAGAAGUUCCUUGACAUUUUCAUAAAACAGCACAUUCCCAACCCACCCUUCAAAUAAAACUGCGUGCCAGUCUCUUUUGGUGCUGAAUAUGCAUGUGUUUGCCUCUUCUGGGUAAAUUUAGAAACUCUUUUAGCAAAGAGCUACUUAUUCAGCAGCCAUAUGCUCCUGGCUCAGAGAAUCCAAGGGAGAAUGGCUAAAUCGAGCUUGUCAAGUCGCGGGUCUGUGAUGAUUCUUUUCAAGGAGAUAAAAACCCCUCAGUGCACCCUUGACAAACCGCACAAUCUGUUUAAGUCCAACAAGGAGCCAAAUUUGGGAACGCGGCGAGGGAUACAUUCUACUCCAUUGCUCCAGUGCAACAACGUAACCCUUCGCCCAACAAUGUAGCCGCCCGUUCCCAUUUCUCCAGCCCACAGACUGAAGCCCCGGGUCCGCAUAUCCUCCGUAAAAAACCCGUUGCCAU